AUGAUUGAACGAACAAUCGCGGCUUUGGAGUCGCGCAGUCUGCAUCGAAUAAUCCACAAGUCCUCGAAUCCAUCUCGAAAGUUACACGCAGGGUUCUGGCAGCAUGGCGCCGCCGCUCUUGACCUCUCCGGCUCUUUACCGGGCUCAAUAAGAGCCGUCGACGCUGCGACUCCAGAGCCGGAAACAAAACAGCUCCAGGCGAAUUUGUUUGCCUCGGUCUUGAUGCUCGACUUCUUAUAUCCGACCUCGACUUUACCUCCCCUUCGCUGCGUAUACCAUGGCCUACCCAAUCCUCAACAUGCGCAGCGAACAGCAAUCGUUCCUAGUAGGCGAGCUUACUCUUCGAUAACACCUCCACCUUCAAAUGAGGAAGAGGACGCAACAGAUCGAGACGUUUCGCCCGGCAGUGACUCAAAACCUCAUGAGCUACAACCCGAGGAGGGCACGAAUAUACAAAUUGGGACGGAGACCAUGAUGCCAAGCAAAGGUCAAACAAGCUUGGAAUUACUCAAGAGAAUCAUGACUACAAAAGGCCGCCACUUUCAGCAAGCUUGGGACCUGUACUCUGGGUUGGAAACUCAUGAACGACGUGCUGUGCGCAGUUCCCUGGUCAGCUAUCUCUCUCAAUCCCACAGCAUUGUCGAGACAGGACGGGCCCUCUCUAUCUUUCGCCAAGUACCCGUGGAAGAGUGGAGCAAUAAUCUACUGUCUUCAGGAAUCCUCCUCCUUUUGCGAUCCGGGGACCUGCCAGCGGCUGUGGAGGCUUUCAAAACAGGACUGACGAGUAAUAGAAGGUUGAGCAGUGGUGUCGAGUUUCUGAUGGCCGACACCAUUAAUUCCAAGAAUUGGUCAGUAGCUCUGGAUGUUUGGGCUUCAUAUUACAAAGGCGAGGUCACAAAGACUCGACCGAAUCUAGAACGAUUGCAACAGCUUGGGAGUCUUGCUCAAAAGGGAGACCUCUACUUUGACUUCAGAGCUUACCUGGUUGGCGAAGGUAAAGAUCAACACAAAGAAAUCCAGAACGACAUGGUUGCCAAGAGAGCUCUCUCUGCUCUAAGGAGAUUUUUUGCCAUUUUGGCGCUGCGAGAACCAUGCCCGCCGGCUCAAGCAAGUAUCAUUCUCGAAGCUCUUCGCGACAACAAUGAAUACAACACAUAUCUCAAUACCAUGUUUAAUCGCUGGUAUGAUAAAUUGGAAGACCGAUCCACCAUGGAACAGCUUCCCGCCAUCUACCAGAAGCAACGGGAAUUGCCAAAUGCAUCGCCUGCUAUGCCUGUGUAUCGUGGCAUGUUCAAGGUAAACUUUCCAAAUAAUAGAGCUAGACUGGAAGAAUUGCACCAUGACUGGGUCCGAUUCAAAGGCGGCUUGAACCAAUGGGGCUACGAAAAGUUUCUCAAGUACUACGCAUCAAGAGGCGACGUGCCAUCGGUUAAGAAGCUCUGGGAUCAGUUCAUAAAAGAGUACCCAGAGCUACUUAGGGAGUCCCGAGGAUUCAACAGUCUGAUCAACGUACAUGCUCAAGUAGGAGACGUUGAGGGUGUCAAGGAAGUGCUCGGCACAAUGGUCGACCGGUAUAACGUCCAGCCGGAUCUCGACAACUGGAACAUGCUGCUCAAGGCCUACAUGCGAACCAAUGACUAUGACGGUGUUUUGGAUCUGUUCGAUCAAAUCUCAAGUCAACACGAGCCAGACUCGUACACGUAUGCCCAUGUUAUGGCAAUGAGCUCCAAGAAGGGCGAUCUGGAUACAACUCUGGAGUACUUUACUAAAUCUCAGCAAGCUGGUGUGCCUAUCACAAGGGAAAUGGGGCUGGCCUUGGUAGUGGCAUACGGUCGAAAUGGUCAACUUCUUGAGGCGGAAAGCUUGUGUAUCGAAAUGACCCACCGCAAGAUUGCUUCCCAAGCCAUCUGGAACCAGCUACUUAACUUCAACGGCGUUGAGGGAAAGAUUGACAAGGUGUAUGAAUUACUCCGACGCAUGAGAGAACUUGGCGUUGAAUGGGACGACCAGACCUAUCAAUUUCUCCUUCAAGCGCUUGUCAGGGUCAACCGGAUUCAUCCUGCCUACAACCUCUUGAAGCGUGCUGUCGAUGAACGCUUGUUUCUGGUCACUCCAGAGCAUUAUGCCAUCGUCAUGGCUACAGGCGCGCGCCUCGGGGAAGCGCAGCUCGUGGAAAAUCUCUUCCAUCAACUUAAGAAAUCAGAGCUGCCUGUAACUUUCAACGCUUUGGUUGCUCUAGUCACUUCUGCUGCCAACAAGAAGCCUGGCGCUGAUAGAACGAGGGGUUUGGCAAACGAAUUCGUCGAAUACUUCCGCCAGGCGGCCGAGGCAGCCCAGUCUGGCAAAGCUCCUUCUGAAGACUUCGCAGAUGCAAGCAACGUCGCGAGCCUCAAGCUUUCAACUCCCGAAAUCGGUCGAGCAAUUGCUCUGCUUGUCGAACUUCGAGAAUUUGGCUCGAUUGAAGAGCUGAUGGGCUUGUUUGUCCAGAUCUUCCCUCAGUAUCAGACCGGCCAGCAGUUCCCGCCUGAAAUAAUGUCGGCUUUGAUGCAUGCGCAUUACGCGGACGAAAAUUAUGACAAGGUCCUCGAACUCUGGGAGAAGACAUGGCAAGAUGUCUACAAGUCUAGCCGGAAACGUUCAGGCGAUGGUAUUGCUGGUGGUACCGAAUACGAUUUGUGCCGUGUCGUGGACGUAAUGGCAAGGGCAUAUGCGGAGAAGGAAGAUGGAAAAGGCUUGAGCGAUACUAUCGACAAGGUCAUUGCAGCAGGCUUCAAGCUCACUCGGCAAAACUGGGUAAUCAUCAUUCGCAACCUUUCCGAGCUGGGCAGAUGGGAGCGCGCCAUGUACUGGUGCGAAACACUCCUAAUGCCUGGUUGGGAUGGCUGGGCCUACAAACGUGACAUCCCAGCCAAGAGGCGAAACACCCGAUUGUUGUCGCCACCCCAUAAACUCGUCUUGCGUCUGCAGCAAAAAUGGCUGGAGAUGCGCAAGAUGGCGGCCUGGUCUCCAGAUGUCUCCCGUCUCCUCUCUACAGUGGAGGAGAAGUAUCCCCGUCUGCACCAUGCCUUCACCACCUCGGAGAUCGAAUCUAUGCCUACAACGUACUCUGUCAACGGCAAAGAGAUUUCAGCUGGCGAGCUCGACGGUGUACUGCAGGGUCUGCCUUACCAGUCGCUACUGAAGGUCAAGGAGAGCCUGAAGCGAGAUCUAGAAAAGCAAAGGAAGGUCGAGAGAAGCUUGGGAACCCCCAAAGAAACUGUGGACAAGGCAGAGUGGAAGAAAAUGCUGCACGACAAGGUCCACCGAUACUCCAAAAUGUGGUUCUCUGCGCGCAAGAAGGCCUACGAUGAGCAGUUGACAAACCUACGUGGAUUCGAUUCCACGGGAGCUGUCAUCAGCAUCGAGGCCAAAGAGAUGGGGCAAGAGGACGCAGACCAUCGGGCAACUCGCGAGCAAUUCGCUUACUGGAACGAGUUCUGGGAUCGUUAUGACCAGCGCAGGCAUGGCUAUGUGCCGAAGCAGCCGACCCGUCCUUCAGGAUACCACAGAAAGAAUCCAUUGGAAGCGCAAAAGAUUCGAGAGUGGCGAAAUAACCGCAAUGGACGGAACACUUAUGAUAACUGA